CUUAGAUCUGUUGGGUGUGGCUGGCUGGGACUGUCAUGGCUGCGACCAGGGAGAAAGUGAAAAACAAAAGCUUUUGCUGUUAAAGUAUUUGUUUAGUUUCAUUUUAAAUUUACAAUCUCCUGUUUAGUCUUUUUGGAAUGGAGAAGAAGAAGUUUAACAUCCCUUUGGAAGAUUCUGUUCAUACUACAGAACCAACACCGGUAAAAUCUUUAUUUAAGUCGUCAAAAAGCAAUGACAACGACACCUCUGUGUCCAAAAAGUCAGCCCAGUCUACAAUGGUCCCUGAUGGCCAGCCACUGUCAUACAGCGAGUUCAUUGUCCAGGGAACGGUCCCCUCUCUGUCUCGGGGAGUGCCGGAACCACAGAUAAUGGAGACAAGGGAAAGAGGGACGCAGGGUGGUGGUGGGAAACAGAACAAAGAGUUAUCUGGGAGAGAAACAGGGGAUGAUGGAACUGCAACUGUUCAAGAGAGGAGUACUGGAGCCAAGGCUGCACAUAUUGAGAAACAGGAAGUCAGGGCUGCUCUGGAAGGAAACCAGAGAGCAGGCACUCUGUCAGAAGGGAAGCAGGACACCCAGAGGGAUGGGAUGGUCUCCAGCAGUAUCCCAAAGCCACUUGGAACUGGAAACAGCAUCCUUGUCAGCCCCAGACAGAGAGGUAAUCCAUUGCUCAAGUUUGUGAGAAACGUCCCCUGGGAGUUUGGAGAUGUUACACCUGAUUACGUUUUGGGGCAAACAACCUGUGCUCUGUUCCUCAGUCUAAGGUACCACAGCCUAAACCCAAACUACAUCCACGAUCGCCUGAAACAGUUGGGGAAGACAUUUUCACUGAGAGUUUUGCUAGCGCAGGUAGAUGUGAAAGACCCUCACCACUGUGUAAAGGACCUGGCUCGGAUCUGUAUUAUGGCAGACUGUACUCUGAUUCUGGCUUGGAGUCCCGAGGAGGCCGGCAGGUAUCUUGAGACCUACAAAUCAUACGAGAAGAAACCAGCAGACCUAUUAAAGGAGAGAGUUGAACAGGACUUCCUGUCUAGGGUGACUGAUUGUUUGACAGCCGUGAAGUCAGUAAAUAAGACGGACACAUUAACUCUUCUGGCAACAUUUUCUUCUUUGGAAGGUAUUAUCAAAGCAUCCAAAGAAGACCUCACUCUCUGUCCUGGUCUGGGACCACAGAAGGCUCAGCGUCUCCAUGAUGUGUUACACCAACCCUUCCUCAAAUCAAAGAAGCACAAACUGGAGAAAAAGGCAGAAACAUGAAAGCUAUCUGGACAUUCUUACUGUUUUUGCUGAAGAGUACUGUGAAAUUGUGCCAUCACAAGAUCUGCCAUUGCAAGGUGAAACACUGAGGAUAAAACAAGGGACAGUCACAUUUUAAACAAGCUCAGGAUAUGUAUUUUUCUUAAAGUUGGGAACUUUUAUGACAUUUUCAAUUUCUUCACAUCGCAUUUUCAAGGAGCAGCUGACAAUAAGUCAAACUAGAUUUUCUAAAAAUAAAUAAACAAAUAAAUAAAAUACACCAGGUGAAUAACAUAAAUUCUAAAGUCCAUAAAGAAUUAACAAGCCUAUAUUCAAUUUAUUACAAAAGAUAGGUGAAAACAAUUCUUUGUAAACUACAUCCCUAUUGUAUGGAUUAGAACUGCAGCUCUCAAGCCAACGUUGUCUCCUGUAGAUUUAAAAUAGUACAUUUUGAGCUGUAUGGAGCCUUUAGAAGUUGCCUGCCUACCUAUUUUAUUUAUAUAAAAAAACAACAAAAAAAAACCCAAACAUUUAAAGCAGGUUC